CCAAGACAAAACAAACCCAACCAUAUCUUAUUUUCGUUCGUUUCUUCGUUUGGUUCAUUUUCCGGUGAAGUGCCGACCGAUGGCUCAAGUUCUAUCUCCACCGGUGCCACUUCUGCCCAUCGCCGGCCAAAAGCCGCUGCAGUUCAUGGCCGGCCUCCUCGGUCUAAUCGUGACUCAAGACGUGAAGAAAGAGAUAACUCCAGAGAGCCCUAGGAGUCCAAAAACAACACAAGGCUCUAUACUCAUGGACAAGUACGAGAUAGGAAAGCUUCUUGGCCAAGGAAGCUUCGCUAAAGUCUACUUAGCCCGGAACAUUAACACCGGCGAGAACGUAGCCAUCAAAGUCAUCGACAAGGAGAAGAUCGUGAAAAGCGGAAUGGCCGGUCAUAUAAAACGAGAGAUCUCCAUCCUCCGCCGCGUUCGCCACCCUUACACUGUCCACCUCCUCGAGGUCAUGGCUACUAAAACAAAAAUCUACAUCGUGAUGGAGUACGUAAGAGGCGGAGAGCUUUUCGACAAGGUCGCCAGAGGAAGGCUUCGGGAAGGAACCGCCCGGAGAUACUUCCAGCAGCUGAUCUCCUCCGUCGCCUUCUGCCACAGCCGCGGCGUCUACCACCGCGACCUCAAGCUAGAGAAUCUUCUCUUGGACGACGAAGGGAACGUUAAGGUCUCUGACUUUGGUCUCAGCGUCGUCUCCGAGCAGCUCAGGCAAGAAAAAAUCUGCCAAACGUUUUGCGGGACGCCUGCUUAUUUGGCUCCCGAGGUUCUGACGAGGAAAGGCUACGACGCGGCCAAAGCUGAUGUCUGGUCUUGUGGAGUGAUCUUGUUUGUCUUGAUGGCUGGUUAUCUACCGUUUGAUGACAAGAACGUUUUGGUUAUGUAUAAGAAGAUAUACAAAGGACUGUUUCGUUGCCCUAAAUGGUUUUCUCCUGAACUAAGAGGGCUUAUGAACAGGAUUCUAGACACGAAUCCGGAUACUAGGAUCACUAUACCUGAGAUCAUGGAGCAUAGAUGGUUCAAGAAAGGGUUUAAAGAUGUGAAAUUCUACAUCGAAAACGAUAAGUUAUGUAGAGAGGAUGACAAUGAUGACGAAGACGAUUCUUCGUCAUCAUUGUCAACAGGCAGAUCAUCUAUAUCUUCAGAGGGAGAUUUAGAGUUUGAUAUCAAAAGAAUUGGUUCAAUGCCUAGACCCGCGAGUCUAAAUGCGUUUGACCUGAUAUCAUUCUCUACCGGGUUUGAUCUUUCCGGUUUGUUUGAAGAAGGUGGACAAGGGGCUAGGUUUGUAUCUGCUGCUCCUGUUGCAAAGAUCAUAUCGAAGCUUGAAGAGAUUGGGAAGGCGGCUGAGUUUACGGUGAGGAAGAAGGAUUGGAGCGUGAGGCUGGAAGGGUGUAGAGAAGGAGCUAAAGGGCCGUUGACUAUUAAGGUUGAGAUAUUUGAGUUGACAACGUCGCUUGUGGUGGUUGAAGUGAAGAAGAAAGGAGGGUUUAUAGAAGAGUAUGAAGAGUUUUGCAACAAGGAGCUUAGACCACAGCUAGAGAAACUGAUGCAUUACCAAGCAAAUGAAGUUGAAGAAGCAAUGUGUUAAGAAACUGGAUGGCCGAGAGAGGAAGACAUAACAAGAGAAGGUAUUAAUUAUUAUAGAAACAUUCUUUGUUACUAUACCAUUUAAUUUGAUUUUAAUUGUUUUGCGACGAUGAUGUAUGUGUAUAUAUAUGAAAGUGAGAGUUAUAAUAAGAGUGAUAGGAAGAUCAGAGAAGAAGAAAAAGAAAAGAGUGAGAUCCUAAGGCAGUUAGACGGUUUUUGCUGGCGAUUAUAAGGCUAGUUUUUCGUUUGAUUGCUGAUAGAAUUGUGUUGUACA